AUGCCACUUCUCCCACUGGCGGUGCUCCUGCUGCUGCUGACGAUGCGCUGCGCCGGCGGGUGCCUCGCCGCCGCUCCCGCCCAGGGGCACCGCUGCAUGUAUGGGGAGGCGCUGUUGGGAGUCGCGCCGGCGACCGCGGUGGUGCGCGAGGUGCCGCGGAAGGGGCAGGGCGCGAUGCAGGCGUACACCGUCGCCACGCAAACUGCAGAUGGCAGCGACGGCUGGGCGCCCAUCCGCAUCAAGGUGUCCGCGAGGGACUUGGAGGACCCGCUGAAGCACUGCAGCGCAGAGGGGGAGACGCGCAUGGCCGGGGAUGGCCGCCGGGUAACCUGCGAAGUGGAAGAUGUGUUGGGGGAAAACAAGAAGGACAUUAUUUUGCAGCAAAUCCUCCCCGCGGCAAUUAAGCUGCACGCCGAGCGUCUCUCCGUGAAGCCGGUGAGGGGUCUCAUCCGUAUGCCGGAGUACGGUCUAGGGAUUUGCGACAGCUUUACUAUUCCUGCCUGGCAUCGCAGGGCCGGCGUGAGCGACGCCGAUCUGCUGCUCUACGUCAACGCCCUUCCGACUGUGGGCGCGGUUGCGUGGGCGAGUGCGUGCGCCUGGCUGGUGGAUGGACGCCCGUAUGCUGGCGCCGUGAACUUCGGGCCCCGGUACAUAAAGGCCAAUCAGGAAACUGUCCGUACUGCAGCCCACGAGAUUGGGCACGUUCUUGGGUUUGCAUUGGAAGAAUUUUUGAAGUUUCGCAUGGUGUCGCAGGUCCCCAGUGGUCCCGGGAAGGAUAUGGCGUGGGUGGUUACCUCGCCGACGGUGAAGGCGCUGGCGCGGAAGUACUACAACUGCCCCACACUUGAGGGCAUGAAGCUGGAGGACGCGCGGUGUGCGGGGUGUGCGGCGUCGCAGGGUUCGCAUUGGAAGCAACUUAUCGCAAAGGAGGAGCUGAUGGCUACUGUGGGACAGCCGGGUUAUUACUCGGCAUUUACGCUUGCGGCGUUUGCGGACAUGGGCGGCGUGUACAGGGCCAACUUCAGCAUGGCGGAGCCGAUGAGGUGGGGCAACAACUCCGGCUGCGGGCUGCUGGAAAAGAAGUGCCUGACCGGCGGCCACACCGACUACCCUGACAUGUUCUGCAAACAGCUUUGGAAUGAGAAGAAGCUGCUCUGUACGCAUGACCGCCUGUCUCUGGGGUAUUGCGACCUCGGGCGACACAAGCAACCCUUUCCGCCGCAGUAUCAGUACUUCGAGGGCCCCAGGCUUGGCGGCAGGAAUGUGUUUAUGGAAUACUGCCCGCACGUUACUGGGCGUGCGGAGUAUGGGUGCACCAACGGCAAGGCUCGUGCGAUUAUCGGCAGCUUCAUUGGCCCCAACUCCCGCUGCGUGAAAGGGAAUGACCUUCAAGUGAGCGGAAAACCCAUUGGCGAUGUGUGCGUGAACACUCAGUGCGACGGCGGCAAGCUGAAGGUGCAGUUCCGUGGCGACGCAACGUGGCACGAGUGCGAGGAGGGCCAAACUGUUGAGCCCCAGGGGGAGCACUGGAGCGGGAGUAUUGUGUGCCCCAAGUACGCCGAUGUGUGCGACGUUUUCCCCAACAUCAGCGCCUACCCAAUACCGGUGGUUGCGCCGCCGCUGACGGAGAACCCAAACCCCACGGACACUGCCGACACGGUUGGCAAAUCAGGCGGCCCCGACCCUGACCCCAGUGCCUCACCGUCCACACAUUCAUCGGACAGUACUUUGGCGCCUGUCAUUCCAGCGGCCCCCAUU